CCUGUGACUGAAAAUAAUCUGAUCAGCUGAUCUGACCUGGCAACAAAAUAACGUAGCCAAAGAAACCUGCCAGGGAGGGGGCUGACGAACAAAAACAAUGACACUGCUCGGACGGAUUUAAAAUACAGAAACACUUUUAAAGACUUUUUAAACGGAGUCGCGCGGAUUUCCCUCCCGUUUUAAAGUGUCCGUGCGGAUAUCCGAGCUUUUGACAUCGACUGGCUGUUGUUUUUGUUGAUAUGUUAACUCUGCAGUUCAGUUGACAGACUGGAGGCUAGCUGCUUUGGACGGCUAUAAACUGUUGGAGGUUGCUCGCUCACUAAUUACGGCUUUUCUUUGGAAAAGUUGAACCUGUCCGUCGAAACUAGCUAGCUAGAAGCAAAGCAUUCCUGUUUGGACGCCAAACUACUUGCCGUUUUUGCCAGCGAGCUGCUGAGGGUCAGUUUGCUAGCUAGCCUGUUGUUAGCAUCAACAUUUGCACAUUCAUCUUUUCAGGGAGAGUUCAUUGUCUCGGUUGGUUCUUGCUACCUGCACAUAUUUCUGUAUUGUAUUGUAGUUUUAUUCGCUAACUUAAGGUGUAUUUUAUUUAAUGCUGCAUCCAUUAUCUAACUUUGAUGUACAGACAAGCUAACUUGGUUGCAAAAAGACAUAACUUAAGGAGACGGCGUUUCUUCUUUAUUGCCUCACUGUUAGCUGGUUGUUGCACUGGCUAAAUGUCAUUAAAAAGUGUUUGAAAUUUAUGCUGCAAAAAUUAAUUUGUUAAAUCGUAUGUAUUGUUGAGACUUUUUAGUUGUCACAGUCAGAGAAUCACCAGCCUAGACACAAUGCAUCUGCUUUAAGUUGAAUUAUUGUAUUCAGUGAUUUCAGUAUUAUCGCAUAUUGUGCAUUUUUCGUUUAUUGCUAUUGGAAAUUGCUGGUGCUGUAGUCAAAGCUGCUCCAAUAAGCACUACUCUGUAUUAAAGUUAACGUUGUAAGAAACGAUGAGUGGCCAUGGCUCAUCUUCAGAAAAGGGAGUCAAUACUAGUCUAAUAUGUCAAGAGAGUUAUGUCUGUGGUGGCUCUGAGGAGGCUGCAUUUGAGUGUGAUGAAUGCAAAAGCUUGCAGUGUGUUCGUUGUGAGCUUGAGCUCCACAGCCAGGAGCUUCUCAAGAGCCAUGAGCGGGUUCAGAUAAGUCCAGGGCAUGUCCCUUAUUGUGACAACUGUAAAGGUGGUAACGGAGACAAUGGCAAACGCCAUAGGUCAGUGGUCCGCUGCCAGAACUGCAAAGUUAACUUGUGCCAAGACUGUCAGAAACGCACGCACAGUGGAGGCAACAAGAAGAAACACCAGCUCACAUCUUAUCCUCCACCACCAAAACCUGCCGAGGUCAGCUCUGUCCAGACAUCUGUGCAGCCUGCUGUCCAAAUAGCUGAUGAGACCAGAUCUCAGAAAGCAAAACUCCAGGAGAAGAUAUCUAGUUUUCUUCUGGUUGAUGAGAAUGAGGAAAUGCAGAUAAAAGAUGAAGCUGCAUUUAUAAAGAGUCUGAAUUGCACAGCUGACCAGCUGCUGAAGGUGGUGUCCAUCUUUGGUAACACGGGAGAGGGCAAAUCUCACACCCUGAACCACACAUUCUUCAUGGGCAGAGAGGUGUUCAAGACCUCUCCCACACAGGAGUCCUGUACAGUGGGUGUGUGGGCAGCGUUUGACCCCAUCCAUAAUGUAGUGGUCAUCGAUACAGAGGGUCUGCUUGGGAACAGUUCCAAACAGGGCCAGAGAACCCGUCUCUUGCUCAAGGUGCUCGCCAUCUCUGACCUCAUCAUCUACCGCACCCACGCCGACCGUCUCCAUGAUGACCUCUUCAAAUUCCUUGGGGACGCCUCUGAGGCCUACUUGAAGCAUUUCACUAAGGAAUUGAAGGCCACGACAGCCCGCUGCGGCCUGGAUGUCCCACUGUCCACCUUGGGCCCUGCUGUGGUGAUCUUCCAUGAAACAGUUCAUACUAAGUUGCUCGGUUCAGAGAAGUCAUCCGAGUCAGUAGAUCGGCUGCUUUUGGAGCGCUUCAGGAAGCUUUCUCGUUUCCCAGAGGCCUUCAGCUCUGUCCAGUACUGGGGCACACAGACUCUGAGCCCCCCUACUGACUUUCUUGGCCUGCAGAGUAAACUGGAGCAGCUCCUUGAUAACAACGCCACUCGUUCCCCACGCACCCCUGUGGUCAUCUUCAAAGCCCUGCAGGCAUUAAGUGAGCGCUUCAAUGGGGAAAUUGGAGAUGAGCUGGUAGCUCACAGCUGCUUCUUUCCUGAUGAGUACUUCACUUGCUCCAGCUUGUGCCUCAGUUGUGGAUCCGGUUGCAAGAACAGCAUGAACCACUUAGCAGAAGGAAUGUGCCAUGAGGCGAAGCAUCGUUGUCGUUAUUCUGUUCAGUACGAUAAUCGCAUUUACACCUGUAAGGCUUGCUAUGAAGGGGGGAAGGAAGUGCUAGUUGUCCCAAAGACCUCAGCGUCCUCAGACUCUCCAUGGAUGGGUCUUGCCAAAUAUGCCUGGUCUGGGUAUGUUAUUGAAUGUCCCAACUGUGGAGUGAUCUAUCGGAGCCGUCAGUAUUGGUAUGGGAACCAGGACCCUGUGGAUACAGUUGUUCGCACUGAGAUCCAGCAUGUAUGGCCAGGGUCGGAUGGCUUUUUAAAGGACAAUAGCAAUGCAGCACAGCGUCUUUUGGAUGGAGUCAACUUGGUAGCCCAGUCUGUGUCAGAGCUCAGUGUCAAGCCUGCCAAGGCCGUCACCUCUUGGCUGACAGAUCAGAUCGCCCCAGCCUACUGGAAACCCAACUCCCUCAUCUUGGUGUGCCAUAAGUGUCACACAGUCUUCCAGGACAACGACACCAAACAUCACUGCCGUGCCUGUGGAGAGGGUUUCUGCGAUGGCUGCUCUUCCAAAGCUGCACCCGUCCCUGAGAGAGGCUGGGGUCUUGCCCCUGUCAGAGUCUGUGACAUCUGCUUCGAGCAGAGAGCUUCAUACGCAGAGCUACUGGAGGCAGAGCUUGAGGAGGAAGAAGGUGGAACUCUUGCCAGAAAGGUCGGAGAGGCGGUGACCAACACCAUAGGGGUUGUAGUCACUGCUAUUGACAUCCCACUUGGCCUAGUGAAAGACGCAGCCCGUCCUGCCUACUGGGUGCCUGAUCAGGACAUCCUGUCCUGCCACAACUGCCAGCGUGAGUUCACUGCCAAGCUGUCCAAGCAUCACUGCCGUGCCUGUGGCCAAGGAGUGUGCGACGACUGCUCCCCGGAGCGUCGUCCGGUUCCAUCGCGGGGCUGGGACCACCCCGUGCGCGUGUGCACCAGCUGCAACCAGAAACCUGGAGAACUUUAACAGGGACGGUCUUCCUUCCUCAGAGCACUAGAAAGAACCACUCACUCACUCAGCUCGCAGUCUGUCACUGCUAUACCUCUGUUACUCAAAUGGUUCCGUCUUGUUUCUGUGGAAAGGAAGUUUUUAGUCAUAUAUACAGUAAAGAUUUGGGAUUUCAGAGUUCCUGUGGCCUUUGUAGAACAGCCAGAACAUGUGAGUUACUUGACUGAGUGUGAAAACUACACUUCCACUCUGAUUUAAACACUCAGAGUGAAUAUUUUAAUUCUUAUUGACACAAAUCCCUAAUUUUACGUUAAAUAAGGCUGUUGAGCUAUUUUUCUACUAUCAGAAAAUAUGAAAAAAAAAAUGUAUCAUUUAAAGAAUUCUAGUUAGUUGAGAACCCUGUGGGGCUGGUGUGAUUAGUUUUCAGCAAUUCUUAUUAUUGAGCAUUGUUUCUCUGAUGUCGUACGUGUAAUGGCCAGGGGAUAUUUUAAAUGCGUGCAGGUAUAAGUGCAGGAUCCAUUGCAUGCUGUAUUGCAACAUUUUAGUUUUUUGCACUAAGCCUUUUUCAGCUGUUAUAGGCUGUUGCUUACCAUGGCCAAAAACCAGAUAUCCUGAUGAUCAAGUAAUCUGUCCCAAACUGAGUUAAAAUCUACAGUCGGUCGGUCUAGAUUUUGGAUAUCUGGUGUGCCAAAAAAAUCAUUCAGGUCACUGUGUCUGUGCUGGUAUAAUGUUUAUAUUUUACCAUGUAAUUUGUGGUUGUAUGAAGACAUAGAACUAUGUUAGAGGAGUGUACAUUUGAAAUGUUAAAAAAAAAAAAAAUUAUUUAUGUAUUGAAGAAAAAAAAUAAUACUUAUUAGCACUCUGGCAUGCAUGACAGUCUGAGACAUCCAUGGCCUUUUACUUGUUCAGAGGGCGGUCUCUGAAUAACCUCACUAUCUCUUUUACCAAGCGGCAUUUUGAUGUACGUGUCAUAAACUGUAUGUAUUUCAUGUUCAAAUUUUUAUUUUAUUGACACAACCACAUUUGAGUUGUUUUCUAAUAUUUAGUGUUGCUGUCUGCUUUGGUGUUUUGAAAAUUGUUUUUUCAGAACCACAGAAUAUCCAAAUUUGUCUCCAAACCAGUUUUACAUAUUGCAUUCACGCCUCCAGGUCUCCGUAGGCACAAUCUGACAGGAUAAGGACUCAUGACAAAGCUCAACUCAUUGAUAUUCUGUUUCAGCUCUUCACAAAGCUUGUUUUUUUCCGUUAUUUUUCAUCCGUUAUUGAAAGCUAUUUUAUCGUAUUUUUGCCUGUUUUUUUUUGUUUUGUUUUGCAUUAGUUACGGCUAUUUAUAUACUUUGUAGUGACUGUAUGUGAUUCACCAUUUCUCUCUAUAUUUAUUAUUAUUAUUAUUUUGUCUUUCAGCAUUAUACAACAAAAAAAAAACGGAUGCUCAAAUGUGGCAGUGACAAGAUAUGGAACCAUAUUUAGUGACUGAAAGCUUUAAUGAACUUUUUCAAAAGUAUGUCUUGCAUCAUUACUAGUUUUAUGUUACUGAGUAAUGAGACUGUUACAUCUGGAUAUCAUACAAAGCACAAGGUGAUGCCUUUAACACGUAUGCUUGUAUUUUAUUGUUAAAAAGGAGAAAGGAAAAAAAAAACGAAGGUCUUUGUCGAUUGUAAGCUUUGUAGAUAAAGUUAAUUCUCCCUUUGCUCCUAACGUGGAACUUUUCGUUCUGAUGUCUGGGAAGAUGUUGUGUCUGCCUUGUCUGAAAAUAGAUUUAUCUGUCUGAAUGUUGCAUCACACGUACACACACACACACACCCUCGUCUGAGAUUAUAAUAUUGCACAGGAUAGAAUAGGAAAUAGAUCAUUUCAGAUUACAUGUACUGGAGUCCAUUCCCAUGCAAAUUUGUGAAGUCUGUUGCUUCAAAUAUCCUUUUCAGUGUUUGAGAAUUACACUUUGUGAUGUCCAGUUUUUGUUUUAUUUGUUUUGUUUUGUUUUUCAAUUAGCCUGGGUGCUAUCAUGAACACGAUUUAUCUACAGAUUCCAAAUCAAGCAGGAAUGAUUGAUACCUUUUUAAACGGUUGGAAAUGAACUUGAAAACUGUGAUGCGUGGAAGAUGUGUGGAAACCGGUGGAAGAUUUGCAUAAGAUUAAAGUUGUAUCAGCUCCCGUCUGUCAAAACAUAAUCUGGAAUUGCCUCCAUGUCUUUAAUGUGAGUGUGUGUGUAUGUGUGUGUUUAAAUCUCCCAGUGUCAAACCACUUACUGUACUGUAUGUGGGAGGACUAGAUCGUGUGCAUGCCUGUGUGUUAUGCUCCUUGCUUCCACUCCUCUCCCAACACUGCAGCUUCAGAUAAAGUGAGGGAAAAUGAUUUCCUUAGUGCUUAUCGAUGAUGUUAAAUGAUUUAUAAUUAUUUUAAUAAAUAAUGAAUACCAAGCUUC